AUGCCCCGCGCUCCGUCCCAACAGGGUGGUUCGUGCCACCGGGGCGGCCCCAGGGGCGGGCCGGGCUCCCUGAAGAGGAACCAGGGUGCCAAGCCCGGCCAUCCCAGACUGGCCAUGCAGCUCCUGCUUCUGCUCUCCUGGGCGCUGCUGCCAGGUUGUGGGGCGGUGACGGGACCCAGGACUGUGUGGGGAUACCUGAGGGGGUCCCUCUCAGUCACCUGCACGUACCGGCCUGGCCUGGAGAAGAACCCAAAGUUCUGGUGCAAACCAGGAACAAUCCAUGUUUGUGCUGAGGAAAUCGUCAUCACCUCGGAGUCACAGCCCGUGGUGCAGAAGGGUCGAUUCUCCAUCCGGGACAACCGCACACGGCGGGUGUUCACAGUGACCGUGGAGGAUCUGGCUAAGGAGGAUGCGGGAAUCUACCACUGUGGGGUGCGAAAGGCACUGUACCACUUUGAUGAGAGUGCUUAUGUGAGGGUGAUCAUGUUGCCAGCUCAGCCCCUGCACAGUUCCACCUCAGCAACAGCGACCAAAGCAUUGGGGGGCUGGGGACAGACUAAAGGGGGAGGCGUCACCCUGAGCGAGAGGGGCUGGAGAGGGACCAGGUGCCCUCCUGGCACUCGCUGCAUCCGUCACUCCUUCACACCUGCAACCCCAACGCUCCAGCCGGACGCUCCGCAGGGAACCGGUGGCUCCUUCCGCUACUUCCCAGUGCUGGCUGGGCUGCAGCUGCUGGCGCUGCUGGACAUGAGUGCGACCGUGCUCUGGGUCAGCCUGCGGGACUGA